GCCUUUUUUACUUUGCAGGCCGCCUGCAUUGAAGCCUGGCUUGACUCCGGCCUGGACGCUACGAAGCUAAUCAUGGGCAUCCCCAGCUACGGGCAUACCUUCACGUUAGCUUCGACGACAAAUACCGGAGUUGGCAUGCGGACAACCGGUGCCGGAACGGCCGGUCCGUACACCGUGGAAGCAGGAAUGCUAUCGUAUUUAGAAGUCUGUGAAAAGUUGAAUACCGGCAGCUACACCAAAGUGUGGGAUGACGUACAAAAAGUACCGUAUGCGUUCUCCGGCAACCAGUGGAUUUCAUUCGACGAUGUUACAUCGGUCGCACUGAAGGUUGCCUAUGCCAAGAGUAAAGGAAUCGGAGGGGUGAUGGUGUGGUCCCUUGAAUCGGACGAUGCUCGGAAUGUUUGUGGUGCGGGAGCUCAUCCGAUCGGUACGACAAUCUACAACGCAGUUUUCGGCUCCAGUGGAACCGUAACAACGACCACAGCAGCAACGACGACUACUACGAAGGCUGCUGCCACUACAACAACAACCACCACAACAGCCAAAACAACAACGACAACCCCCAGCAGCGGGACCCUUAUAUGUCCUUCAUCCGGGUUCAAACGUGAUCCGAACGACUGCAGCUCUUUCUACCAAUGUUCACCGGGAUCGGCAGUCGUGCUGACCUGGCGCAUUACUUGUCAAGCCGGAUUGUACUUCGAUGAAAACUCCAACACCUGCAACUGGGCCUAUUUAGUUAAUUGCUAAUCAAAACGUGUUACCAUAGGCACCAAAAUUAAUCUCUGCUCAAAUAAACCCUUGUUUUUUACGACCCAAAAUUGUUGCCUCAAUUCGUGAAAACUUUACCUUUCAACUUGACAGUAUUUUAA